AUGUCGAGGCUUCCAUGGGUGUGCCUAAGGGACUUUAAUGAUCUCCUAUCGCCUGUUGAGAAAAGAGGAAGGAGGGAAAUCUACUUGCCCAAAUGUGAAGGCUUUCGACAUGCGCUUGAUUAUGGUGAACUGAUAGGUAUUGAGAGUCGGGGAUACCCGUUUACAUGGGAAAGAGGUCGGGGCACAGAUAAUUGGGUUGAGGAGAAACUCGACAGGGCGGUGGCGUGUCCGAACUGGAGGAGGGGGCAUUGUCUUGCUAUUGUUGAGCAUUUAGUCACAGCUACAUCAGAUCAUAUUCCGAUCCUCUUACAUCCGAGCUCGCAGGUACAUGUGGUGAAGGUUAAACCUUUCCGUUUUGAGAAUUUAUGGAUUCGUGAAAGAGAAUGUAAGGAAAUAGUGGAAAUGCCUGGAACUCUAUGCUAA